CCCGCCCCGGGAUGGGGCGAUGCGGGAGGAGCGGGGGGGGGCGGUUCGGCUGUUUAUCCCUUCCCCCGCCCCUCCGCCGGCCUCACCCCUCCUCUCCCCUCCGCAGAGGCCGCCCCCGACCGAGGGAAGCAUGUUCCGGCUGAUGAGGGAUGGCGAGCCGGAGGACCCCAUGUUUGCCAUGGACCCUUUUGCCAUCCACCGGCAGCACAUGAACCGCAUGCUUUCUGGAAGUUUUGGCUUUGGCCCCCUCCUUGGCAUCACGGAUGGGACCACACCUGGGGCUCGCCAGGCUGGACGUAGGAUGCAGGCAGGAGCUGUUUCACCCUUUGGGAUGCUCGGCAUGGCAGGUGGCUUUAUAGAUAUGUUUGGGAUGAUGAACGACAUGAUUGGAAACAUGGAGCAUAUGACAAGUGGUGCUAACUGCCAGACCUUUACCUCCUCAACUGUCAUCUCCUAUUCCAACCUGGGUGAUGGACCCAAAGUCUAUCAGGAGACCUCAGAGAUGCGUUCGGCGCCUGGCGGGAUCCGUGAGACCAGACGGACCGUCAGGGACUCGGACAGCGGCUUGGAACAGAUGUCCAUCGGGCACCACAUCAGGGAGCGGGCCCACAUCAUGCAGCGAUCCCGCAACCAUCGCACGGGCGACCAGGAGGAGAGGCAGGACUACAUCAACAUGGAUGAAAGCGACGCAGCCGCCUUCGAUGACGAGUGGAGGCGAGAGACAUCUCGUUUCCGGCCGCAGCGGGCGCUGGAUUACCGACGCCACGAGGGCAGCGGCGGCCGUCGGGCUGAGGGGACUCGUCUCGCCAUCCAGGGCCCUGAGGAUUCUCCCUCCAGACAGUCCCGUCGGUAUGACUGGUGAACCCAGAGCAGACCUUGUGGGGGGUGCAGCGUGGCCACCCCCAAAUCUACCUACACGCUCUUGUACAGACAGUGAAACUCUGAAGCCCCUUCAAAGCACCACUUGGACCUUCCUCAAAUUUAGUAUUAACCUCCCUCCCACUUUAAGAAUUGAAACAAAGCAACUAAUCUUCUGCAUUGCUCUUUUUUUUUGCCCCGUUUGGGUGCUGCGGUAGGGCGUGGGGAAUCUCACCGAUGUGUGAGGAACACGUUAAUUGCCCGUUCCCCUCCUGCUCUCCCUCGGUUCUGUUCUUUCUGCCAGUAGUGGUGGGCAUGAGGAGCUGCCACCUUGCCUCUUCCAUCCUUUCCGCUCUUUCUGUGCUGGGUUGGGCUGGUUCUGAAGUUUUGUGUUUAGUCCCCUGUGAAAGAAAUGUGAGGGAAUUCUGCUAGAACCCCCGUGCCCGUCCCCUCACCGGGACAGGGGCUUCUAAUUCCCUUCCUGCUCCUUGGUUGCAGCUGUGGAGAAGCAGAAGGGUGUGUGCGUUAGAGAAGGGAGGAGCAGAACAAAAGCUGGAUCAGCCUGUGGGCCCCCCCUCCUCUCCCCCGACCCCUCUUCAAUCAGCUCCCCCACUUUUUUAAUUUGUGAAACUUGUAACUAGAUGUUUACUGAAUAAAGAAACAAACUGUAAAGA